AUGCCGCAUACGAAGAGGAAACGUCAGCGGGACUCGACCAAGCCGGAGAUCAUCGCUGGGCCUGGUGGCAAUGCUUAUUCCUCACCUGAGGAAGCUGAGAAGUAUGGUAGCAUCAGUAAUCAGAAGAUCCAGGCAGAGCUCACGGCCACAGCAGUACAGUUGAUGAAGACCAAGGGCUCUAUAGAUGGUCCGGGCCUGUGGUUGGAACUGGGCUGUGGGUCGGGCUUCUCUACAGGGGCUAUAACGCGGAGGAACAGGUUCAUCGUGGCUACGGACAUUUCAUUGGCUAUGAUGGACCUCAUUGAAGAUAAGGGAGGCAUUGUUGAUAAGGUGCUGAUGGACAUGGGCAAACCAUGGCCCCUGCGCCCGGGUAUUGCCGAUACGAUGUUAAGCAUCAGUGCUGCCCAGUGGCUGAUCGAUGAGCAUGGUGGCGAUCCUGACGUGACGCGCCGUCGAUUCAAGGAGCUCGACAGUAGAAUACGGACUGUUGGUAGCCCUGAUGUGAAGGUAGCUGGGCAUACUCGGGGGAACUGCCCUUGA